AUGCCAAAAGCGAAGGAUAAAACGAAGCGAAGAAGAAUAGAAGAGAUAGAGGUUUGUUUAAAUACCCAACUGUGGUCAUUGUUUAGCGAAAUAUUCGAGAACGAAACGGGAAUGAAAUUUGAUGACUUGAUGUCAACACGUGGGUAAUUUCAUUGCAGGAUGAUCUUCCGAGUCAGUCCCAAGGACCUAGCUCGAGGUACGUAAUGUUAACAUUUUUGAAUCAUUUCAUUAUUCCAUAAGAUAAUUUUUAUUUUAUUUACUUCAGAAAAAGUGAGCGAUCGUUAUUUCCGCCCCUGCGUUCAGUUUAUACUGAUAGCGCCUGUAAACUGAAUAGCAGAAGGUCAAUCGAACCCAUUCUAACGCUUUUCCGAUUUGGUUUGCUCUGAGCAACCAACGUAAUAAUCACAGGGCGUAAAAUGUCGAUAGUUUCGAUCGUCGAUAAAAAUCGAUCGGCUUAUCGACUACGUUUUCCAUGAUCGAUUUCAAUCGGUUUGUUACGCCAUGUAAUCAAGUAGAAUUAAACUUUGCUAUUCAGGAAAGAAGGAAACAGACCAUUAAAUGUCAUGCUCAUUGUGUCUGCAUUGCACUAGCAUAGUACAUUUUGACAAGAAGGUGAUUGUAGAGGUGAAGACAGGGCAAGAACUCUGCUUUGUUUUGACUGUUGCUGUAAGUUAUAGUCAAGGGAAGUGUUUGCAAGUCAAGGUUGUUAUAAUUUCACUUCUUCCGUAAUCUCACAAAUUUGUUACACUCAGCAGCCAACGCAAUGAACAUGAAUCCAUGGAGGAGGUAGAUUGUACACAAGAGGGAAAAGCCAAAAAAUCACAAAAAGAACUAUCUAAAGAUGAACUCAACAGAAAGGUCUAUAUUUUAUUUUAUUGUAUUAUUAAUUAGUAUUACUAUGUAAAACUUAGUGUUGCUGGCCAACUGGAAAAUUCCCUUGGAGUGGGUUGUGGUUACUAACCAAGGAUCACGGUUGUCUGCGCAUCUACAGCGUACAUGCACGUGUAGCCAGUAGCAUAGCAUCCAUACUGUAUGCACACACGCCCUUGCGUACAGCUGUAAUCUGGAAAAAGCAUUUUCAUCGUUAAAUUGUGAUGACUGAUAAAUUUUUUGCGUUAUAUUGGUGUCUGAAGGUUAGUCUGACAGGUGGACAUCUCGCCCUUUGCUUUUAACCUACUUGAUGGCGUCACUGUUUUAGCCUUUUUACUGUAACACUCAUCAGGGAUGAAGAUAAUAGCCGGGAGCCGGGGAAAAUACCCCGCUGUCAAUGUAUUUUUUCUGGCUGAUAAAAAUUGCAGUCUUUAAAAGGGCAACUGUUUUCUUCUCAUUUACCCGCCCAUCAAAUGCCAUUUCCCGUCUGUUAUAAACUAAGCUACAUCCAUGCACUGUAUCUUACCAAUACCACUUGAUGUAUUUUCUGCAAAUUUUUAAACUCUAUUCACCUCUUUCUCUUGGUGUAUGAAACCUGCCAGUAUUACUCCAAGGAUGAAGUGACCUUUACAGGGCUGUCAUUAAGGGGUGGGGGCCGGGGUGUUACCGCGGCUACUGUAGAUGUGGCCCCAGGCUACUUUCAUAGGAAAAAAAAAGAAAAAUAUAACCAAACUAAAUCCCUGCAUGCAGCUAUCUAAUUCCCUGUCCACGUGUCGUAUUUACCCAGCAGCUUGAAAUCUUAGUGACAUCCCUGCCCUUACACUCCUGUCCAUCACCUUCCAAGUCCUUCUCUCCAACUCCCUCUGCUCCUCUGUAUAUGAACAUGAGCAUAACAUCUCUCAUUUUUCUGUGUUCAUCAGGUAUCCGAGUUAGUAAGGUAUUUAUUAUUUAUGGACAGGAAAAAAUACCCCAUCAAGCGAGGAGGUGUGUACAGCGAACGAACAAAGUAGUAAUAAUAAUUUUUGUAGUGUAAACAGCAAAGAAGCCCCAAUAUAUACAAAUUCUCCAAAAUUGAUUAUAGUAAGUUGAGAGAAUUUACAGCAGAACCUUGACAUUUAAUGGAAAGAAAAUUGUUAUUGGGACUUAAAGGGUUGCAAACAAAAAUUAAUGAGUUUGCUUUCACAAAAUUUUGUAUAUCCAGGUUCUUUUCCAUCAACUGGACAAGAAUUAAAUUAAAAAAUAACAAUAAAAGAUAAUAAUAAGAGAUUUAUUUAUUAAUGACGAUUUAGAGGUAGAAUAUCCACAAAGUGGUUCUUUGUCCGUCAUUCCUGGUCAAAUUGGAUAGGGGAAAACCAGAGUACCUGGAGAAAAACCUUUUAAAGCAAAGGAGAGAACCAACCACAAACUACAGUGCAAGCCAGAACAAAGCGAACAAUGAGAUGUGAAAUGCAUCAGUUGGGACGAGGGUACAUGUUAGUACUGACAAGCGUCUGCGUCAGUUUGGACUUGUCAGAAAGGAAAGAUUUUUCUUUUGUUACUCACCGUGAGAGCUUUGCUUUGAUGGGCAUUGUUGUUAAAAAAAAAACAAACGAACAGAUCCUUGGGUGUAAAAGAGCUUGAUAGUCACUCAUUCUAAGGAGCUUUUUAUGAGCGAUUUCAGCUGUGAUUAAUGGAGAUAAAUAAUAUUUGGCAACGUGCAAGGUUUCGUUUGUAAAAUCACGUGGCAUCUCUCGCAGCUCAGAUGUAUGGAUGCAUCCGCCCUGAUGCAAUGGACUCGUAUUUCCUGACGCCUGUUACACUUAUAUUUUGGUUCUCUUAGGUCUGGCCUGCACUGUAUGAACCUCAGGCCAAGAAAUGGAGAUUAGUCUUGAGAAUUUGCAUUUGUGGUUAUUGGGGUGCAGAGGGUUAAGCUUUGGCGGUGUUGACCUUUUUUUGUGUGUACACCUUUAUACAAUGUAUGUAACUUACCUUGUAUGUCAGAGUAAUGUUACGAUGCAUUUAUUGCUGCAGACAUAACAAAGAAUGUGCUAAAGGAAAAUUCUAAAGCAUUCACCCAAGUGUUUGACCAUGCCAAGAAGACCCUUGAAAAGGUACAAAAGCAUUAAUCCUUUCAAUGCUGUACAUGUAGCUAUUAGUGGCAAAUGUGGAAUGUGUAUAUAAAGCAACAAACAAGACUACCACUACCACUUAAAAAGCUACAGCAAAAUCAAUUUUAUUUUCUUUCUGUAAAAUUCUAAGAAACAAACUAAUUAAUACAUGUGAAUGUAGCAGUAAAUGUAUGCAAAAGUCCUGCCAAAGAUGAUUUUGUUGAAUGGUAUCACAUCCCCACAGGAUUUUUGUUUUUGAAGGGUGAAAGGGCUAAAAUAAUACAUGUGAUUGUUUACAUUGUUUAGAUUUGUAGAUGGCAACUCUUCUGCAGUUGUGAUUCAAAUCAAUGGUUUUAGGCACAGAAACAGUUUAACUGGUAAACUUAAAAAUUUUAAGUACAUGGUACAGCAAGUGGCUCAAUCUGAAUUAUUAGGUGUUGUGGAUUCUGUGAUUUUUGUUGUUGUUAUUACUUAUUAUUAUUAUAAAUUAUUAUUAUUUUAAAAUAUUUAUAUAAAUAUUAUUAUUUGUUAUUAUUAUUAUCAUUAUCAUUAUUAUUAUUAUUAUUAUUAUUAUUAUUAUUUUUAUUAUGUUUUCACUUAGAACGAAUUUUCCACUUUUCUUUUGUUUGGUGCUUAAGGAAAAAAACUGGUUAAUUAAAAUGAAGACUGUUUAAAAGAAUGAUAAUUAUUUUGUAUUGACUAUUAUUAGGUCUUUGGAAUAGCUGUAGAAGAAAUUGAUGUGGGCAAGUCAAAGGGAUAUAUCCUAGUAACUGCAAAGAAAGCGGCAAGGGAGGAUGAACUGCUUCAUUGGUAAUUACGUGUAAAUUAAUCAUCCAUAAUUAUUAUAAUAUUUUCUAUACUUGAUUAUGAUAAUAUCGCAGGCAAGCAAGUCACCACAGGACAGUGCUUUAGCAGUGCCAGAUGGUCCCUAGUGCCUUGCAUUUGUGCUUAGGCAACUAGGAAAGUUUAGCUUUUUCCACAAAAGUCAUACUGAUGGGUGCUUUAGAUUUCACAGGUUCAUAGCACUGGGGGCCCUUCAAUUUUUGUUAGAGCACAGCCUUGCACCAGGAAGCACUGGGUAAUGUUUAAGCACAGCUCUGAUUUAUCGAAGGAUAUUACAUGUACAGGCUCUAAAACAAAAUUUCUGAUUCUUCAGCGAGUAAGCUGUUUUAGUAUACAUUUUACGUCAUUACAUGAAUUAACUGCAGAUAUGAAGAAAAGUGUAUUUCUAUCUACUGUCAUUAUCCUAUUGAAAAUUUGACAGGAUUUUUUGCAACUACCUCAUGAAGCCUGUCUCUUGAAAUUCUUGUUUGAAAAAAAGAAUAACUUGAAAAGAAUAAAAGCACGGGUCCUACUGUAGCUAACAAACUAGUCCAGAGCUGUCAUGAAGGGCUGUAAGCCAUAACACCUGUUACUUCUGAGCUCACUUGAUGUUUCAGUUGGUCAAAGUGGAAAGCACUAGUGGUGGCACUACUAUAAAUUUUUGUGAGAUGUUACAGGUGAAUCUUCAUUUGCUAUGGCUGCUUCAAAACUGAAUAACAGUCCUACAGUCCAUUUUGUGUUGUUAACUGAUACAGUGUAGUUGCUACACCAAUGAAACCUCUUCCUUGGAUGUAAACAACAACAGCUUUUUGGGCCUGUUUACAUGUAUUGUUGGGAUUCUCAAGAAAAGGGUCCCUCAAGGGUUGGUUGAGAUGUAGAACAUGUAAUAAAACUAAUUACUGAAGCUUUGCUUGUUGAAACAGGGGUGAUGAUCUUCCCAAGAUGGGUCUCUUGAUGGUUGUACUGAGCCUAAUCUUCAUGUCCGACCAUGUAAUAACUGAAUGUAAGUAUAAAAACAGGCUGCAUCCCUUUGUCUCUUUACAAUAUGUGAACGCCCACAUUGACGAAGUCCCCCCACCCCCUCCUUCAAAGCCCAGUGAGUUACCAAGCCCAGGAAACAGGAACAAGAAUGAUGCUGUUGAAAUUGCAGUGCAGCAACAGUCAAGCACAAAAAACACUGACCGGUCUUCAUACCAACCUACCCUGAGGGCAGAGGUUUUUUUCUGGCAUGGCUGUUAGCAUUGGUAAAGUCGUUCAUGCGUCUUGUGAGUCAUGUAGUUGGUAUGUUUGCGAAACAAACCAAAUGACAAGCCAUGUGCAUGACUUUGUAAAUUCCAAAAGACAUGCCAGAAAGAAACCUCUGCUCAGAGGGAAGACCAACCCCACCUCCUGGAAUUUAACUGAAGUACUUUUUCCCGGAAACAAAGCUGACACCCGCCUUGAUGAAGUCCCUGACAUAACUGACUCAAACAAGGGCACCUGCAGGCCAGCCUAACCUUCACCCCCCUCCCCUCACCCUUGGUGGGCCAAAAAGGUUGAGACACUUUGUCCAUGUAAUUCAAUGUCAAACUGUGUCCCAUGCGAUGGCGUGUUCAGGGUGCAAAGAAAGUCAUUUUUACAGCUUGCCAUUUGGGCAAGCUGAAGCUAGCAUAUGCUAGCUCAACUAGCCCCAAAACCUUUUUGAUGAGCAGAAUUGAUUUCACAGUUCUUCUGUCAGUUGAAUUCCUCAGAAAACUUUACUUGCCCGUCGGGCAAGUUAGCAACAGAAUUCACUAGCCCGAUAACAAAAUCCACUAGCCCCAGGCUAUCGGACAUGACUUUCUUUACACGCUGGUGUUUGUCGUUAUUUUCUUAAUAAUCAUGUACAUGCAUAAUGAAACAAUAAUUAUGAUCAGAAUCUGUGUUUGUGGUAUCUGAAAUAGUCAAGGUCUUGGUAAGUGUUAUCAGGAGAUAAUAACUUUUAGUUUGACUAUCGCUGGCUAUUGUAGCCUUACAGUAUGUUUAUUGACUGCAAAACUCCCUGUUAAUUUGUUUUCUUCUAGCUUUACUUUGGCAUACCCUGAAAAACCUUGGCAUUGAGCCAAAGUAAGUACGACCAUGUAACCUGUGCAUGUUUUAUGAUUAAGAUCUCAAUUCUCACAGUUACUAGGAAUUAUUGUAGUCUACUCUACCUGUAGUUGGGGUAGUGUCAUGGCUGUCUAGUUCAUUUUGUUAAUAUUACCAAUAUUACGCUUCCUUUCAACCACAGCAGGAUUAGCUCAGUCGGUAGAGCGCUUGACUGCAGAGUGGGAGGUCAUGGGUUAGAUUCCCGGGCCUGGACCAACACUCAGGGUCUCACAAUGACUGAGAAAUGAAGGUGCUCCCUUUGCACUGCAAAUGGUUAGACCUUCGCAUGGCUUGGGUGACCACCUAAAAUGGCGGUUCCGUCAAAAUAGUGUCCCCAAGUAGUACUUUCGUGCAAAAUACACUGACACACAGAUAAAGUGCUUUUGUUCUUUAUAGAACUUAACGUUAGCAAAGAAGUCACUUGUUACAACAAAAUCACAGAUUGUCCUCCAACACACGUACUUUCCAAGCAUUAUUCUAUAUCAAAUGAUGCAAACAACAAGUAAUGAAAAACUGUUAGGCUAACUAGUUUUCAAAAAUCCAAGUGUCAGCUCAUAUAAAUCUUCUAAAAGUUUGCCCAGCCGUGUCUACUUUUAUAUUUGUUGCGUAAUUAAUACUUUCUUUUAAUGUUUUGAGCCAUUGUUUCUAUUUUUGACUCAGUUUGGUGGCAGCGUCUAUAACCACAUGUAUUAGAACUUUGAUAUAAUUUGUAACACAGCUCCUUUAAGACUGAAGGUCUGUCUCCAAGGAUCACCCCAUGUAAGGUUUUGUGGAUUCCAGAAUCCAGCAAAUUUUUGCCUUUGGAAUCCAGAAUCCUGGGAAUUCAGCUCAAGAAAAUCUGGAAUCCAGCCUAUGAUUGGAAUCCGGAAUCCAAGUUCUAUUGACAAAGAAUCCCAAAUCCAGUACCUGGAAUCGGGAAUCCAUGGCGUGGAAUCUAGAAUCCAAGACUGUCUUGGAUUCCUUUACGUGGGGUGAACAAGAAACUGAAAAAGAAUUUCUUGUCAUGCACUCAAAGAUUCAUUCAGUGUGUUACAUGAAUACAUACGCUAGCCUGCGGGCAAGCUCUCCAGGGCACUUUAGCCUCUUCCCUCCUCCAUUGGCUUGUUCUACAGUAAAAUAAAUUUGAAAUACAUGUAUGUCUGUAUUUUAACACUAGGGCAGAACACGAAGUCUUUGGUGAUCCAGAUAAGCUCAUAUCACAAGAAUUUGUACGGCAGUGGUAAGUGAUAUGAUCUUUUUUUUGUUCUCAGAGAUCGAGGUUAAGUCCAUAGUAAUAUGAGAUAAACAACCAACAAACUGCAUGUAGCUAAUCCCUCAAGUCACCAUGUUGACUAAAAGCAAUUUCUCCCAACAGUUAAAUAUAUAAUCGGGAAAAAAGAAUAUGAUAAUUUACAAAUUGAUCUCCAAAAGGAAAAUGCUUUGAUCUUUUAUCAAAUUCUCUCUUAUUAUUUUUGAGGAAAUUUAUGGAGACUAGCAGUGAUUUUGUUACAAAUAGUUAUGGUGAGUCCUGGGACUUACAUGUAUCUUGUGAAAAAUCAAGAGUGCUAGUCCAGAACCAUUGAGUUCCAGUUCAAAAACACGAGUCUCUGGGUCUCUAUGUAACCACACAGUAAUCUAAAUACAGGCUCCAAAACUCUGUAUUACAGCUUACUGAAAUAAAAAUAUACUCCCUCUGUUGUCAAUCACAACAAUGGCUAAAAGAAAUAUGCACCGUUAAACAACAGCCGCAAGAACAGCCUUAUAAAUCACACGAACGGGAUAGUCUACUAAAACAUCUACAGAUCGAUCAAUCGAUCACCAAAAGUUAUUUUUCGUCUUCGGGGAUGUUCAUGCGUCAGGGACGCAGGACGCAGAGGUAAGAAAAUCGCUGGAUUAGUGUGGAGAAUAUUUGCCUAUGGAUAUUGGCUCUUAAAGGAUUAAUGGAGUGUCAAUGUCUUUAGCACGGCUACCAAAAAACAACAACAACAACAACAACAACAAAGGGAUAAAAAUUAAUCAACUGAGAUGGUUUUCCGGAGUAGUUCUCCUCCGCCCUUAUCUGUGACUGAUAAACGUGUUAUCAAAAAAAAGGCCCUUAACACGUAUGCGUUGUUUUCGUUGUACAAUGUAGUUAUUUGGACAGGAAAAAAGUAGUAGGAGGUGAUGAAGCUGCCUUUGAAUAUAGAUGGGGAUCAAGAGCUGAAAAAGAACUCACUAAACGCCAAGUGCUACAGUUUGUGUCUGAGGUACGUCUUGACUACUUUUUGUUCAUUGUGGUAGAACUGAUUCUGGAAGGGUUUUCCCGGGAUCCGUGACUUGAUCAAAAGACAAAGCGGGAUUCGGGAAACGUUAACGGGAUACGGGAUUCGACUGCUACUCGGAAAGCGAGAUUCACCAAAACGCGGACACGGGAAGAAAACUAUAUUCGGGAAAGCGAUGAAACGGGAUGCGAGAUUUUUGUGAAAAAGUAGCAGGAAUGCUGGAUCAGGACCCCCUAUGAGAGUCAGUAAUUUUAUUGUGGGAGUUUAUUUCAUUCAAACAUUUUUAAUAGCCCACGUUCGAUAUAUUUUAGAAAUUCUAACUUGGCUCCGAGUGGUUAGGGACAAAAUUGCAAAUUUUUCACGACUUCAUUGUCUCUCAAUUCCCGAAAGAGACUUGAGCGCAAUCCAAAUCAAAUCCAAACCAAAUACAGAAAUAAGACCAGAAAGCCUCGGAGUAAUAAUUUUAGCGGAGCUCCACGCGGGCGAAGCGGAGCACCACGGGUUAGAAAAUUUGGUAAUCUACCCGUCCGAGAAAUUUUGGUAAUCACCUGACCGUACGCCCGACCGACCGACCGUCCGUCUGCACCACUGUAAAAUAACUCAACCAACUAGUAUGGCAGCCCAAAUGCAACUCGAGGUUAUUUUGGCGGGAAAUCGCAUAGCCACCCGCGUCUUGUGAAGCAGGGGCAACUAAAGAGUCAAUAAAGACGAAAACUGAAAGCGGAGUUUGUUUCUGUAUCCUGUUGUCUAAAGUAUUAAGCUUAGGUUAAUUGUCAUGUCCACAAAUUUGGAAUGUAGAGAAAAAGUAAAGUAGGCGACAGGCCAGUGAAGCUCAACGAAAAAAAGAGAGCUAUAGCGGAAGAUAAGGAGCUAUUUGUUGGAAGAACAGCAUGAAAUUUUUUCAGGGGCGGUGAGAAAAUGAGAAAUCCUAGCGGCCACCAAGGUGAAAAUGAGCGAGUGAAAAAAAGUGAACAACAACAGGUACGACAUUUCCUACAUAAAACGUGUAACUAGAACGUUUCUGGAAAUUUCACGUUGUGGUCGUCCAAAACAACGGCAAAGAAAUGUACAAGAAAAGUGUGCUGCACGUGCAAAGUUUUUUUGUUUGUUUGUUUGUUUUUUUAGACCUAUUGUCGUUUUUUCCCCGUUCUCGUUGCCUUCGCCGCUUAGCAUAACACGAUUUUAUAUUUUGUUUGAGCAAACUAUAAAAAUUUAAUAUUAUCGAGAGCAUCGCUUUUAGCCCUGGCUACUAAAACUGUAUAUUAAUAUAUCAAACGUGGGCUAUUAAUCUUUGUUUGGAAUUUAGCCGCUGUCCGCAUGAUUAUAUAGCGUGCGUGGCAGGCUUUUCGUUUCUUCUCGCGAAAACUUCCUUCUUCCAAGUUUGUGGAUGAAAUGUGUAAUCUUUCCAGUGAAUGCAUCUGAGUUAAACAAGGUGGUUGAGUUUUUUUUAGAAUAUUUAUUUGCAGUACGUACCAAUGUUGUUUCUGGUAUCGUCUUAUAUUAUAGGUUCAUUUUACUUUUUCGAUCCCAGGGAGUGAAAUGGCUCAGGCUGCUGCGUUCAAUUUGCGAAACUAAAACGCAAUUUCUGCUUUUCAUUUUUGGGAUACAGAUCUACUAACAGAUUGAGAUCAUUCGCGCGCUACGGGAAUCGCGCAGCGCGCUACGGGAAUCGCGCAGCGCGCAACGAGAAUCGCGUUGUGCGCGACCGUCCUCGUGGGACGGUGGCCGUAAAGGAGGGAGCUAAUCCAAAUAUCAAAGACUGCUAGCAACCCCUCAGGAUUGUCGAUCGAACGAUCAAACGGGUAAAAAUAUCGUGAAUCCUGGCCUGCGAAACUGAGCAGUGCCAUCUCUGUUCUGUCGCACUCUCUCCAAUUUCGCUUAAUGUAUCCCCGUGAGCUUACCCUCCAGAGUGACCGAAAGAUACAUGUACCGUGGGAUGGGUAGGCGGGCGUCGGAGUGUGUGUGUGUGUGUGGAGGGGGGGGAGAAGGGGGGGAGGGUUAUCGUGGAGUUUUAACUGCUAAAGUCAAGUGACAGCUAUGGCCAUCGACUUAUCAAUAAACGGAUGUUUGCUCUGGAAAAACCGGUUUGACGAGAGAAAACAAGAUCGUCUAGUCCAGAAGUUCGGGCUGCGGUGACUUCAAUGGUAGGACGCAAUUGAGGGAACCCCCCUUUUUCCAUCUUUGAUCAGGAAUAAGAUAAAGGGAGUUUCUGCUUGCAGAGUGCCCAAAAGUGUGAUAUGCGGGCGAUCUGCCUGUCCACGCGUGUCCGUGCGUGUGAAAACGCUCCAUAACGAGGUCUGUUGUUCCGUCGUAGUUGUAUGAUACUGAAAUGGAUUCCUGGACAACGCAAAUGAAAGAAAUACUCGCUGAAGAAGAAGAGGCCAUGAAUGGCGUAGAGUAAGGGAGCAGCUAUCGGCCAUUAAGACCGCACCCCGCGUGAAGCCCUACCGUGAAUUUGUGGAAAGAGGACACUUGACUUCAGUGGGACAUCGAUAUAAGGAAGUGAGCAAUCAAGACGGUGACGGGCACAUUUCUCUUUUUUAAUCAAUCGAUGCUACUUUUAAGACACUUAAAUGUUUUUGAACUGAUAAAAAAGAGAUUCUACUUAAAAAAAAAAAAAAUUCGCAAUCCAACAUCGAAUCGGAGCCUUUGACUUACCAGUGAUAGCACCAACCGCUAACAUGGCAUCGGGUUUGAACGAAAGGCAAAUAGGUGACGGCAGCGGGUUUCAGCCCUUGUAGUCCCAACAGUGACCAAAAUCAGUUUUCUUCUAACAAUAUCAGCAUUCUAUAAAGAGGAAAG